AUGGUGAAGCAGGGCAAAGCGGCCAAGCAGGGGCUGCCGCAGCUCUUCAAGAGCCACCAAUUUGCCACUCACUGGGGCUUUACUCCUCUCAUGAUGUACCUGGGAUUUAAGAGGGGUGCAGCUGGAAUGGCUGAGCCAACCAUUGUGAGCUUGCUUUGA